UACAUUGAAUACUGGCGUCACCGUUUUGGCGAAACUGCAAUUGACAAGAUAUUUCCUCGCGUUGUUCCAGCCGAGGAUGACCCCGGAAAAGGCGUGGUCGACAGUUACUACCUGAUGUCUCCGAAACUACAGGAAGACCUUCAGAUCCGGGAGCGACUGGCUCUGCGUCGACUAGAAGAAGUUCUGUCGUGUCAGCAGCGGGAGCGCCUUGACCGUUCGUUCGACCGCGUCUGUUUAUUCUGCCGAUACAGAGUGAAAGGCAACCGCUCCAAACUCAUCCACCAUCUUUACCUGAUCCACCAGCUGAACCUCGGUUCUCCGGACAAUCUCGUGUUCGUAAACGAGUACCUCGAUCUUUUGGCUUCGAAAAUAAGAGAGUGCGUGGAAGGUAGGCAGCUUUGGCGGCUGUUACACCGGUUCUGUUUUAGGAAUCAGUGUAUCUACUGCGAGAACACUUUUGAAAACCAUGAAAGUCUAAUGGAACACAUGCGUAAAAAGCAACAUCGCGAAGUGAACCCGAAGAACUUGUACUACGACAAGUUUUACGUCAUUAAUUACUUGGUAAGUGUUACCAUAAUGCAUAUUGCUUUUUUGAGAUACUACUAAAA